CGCCCAAACUUGACACUCCUCGUUUCCGUGACAGCUUACUUCGGAAGGACGUGACGUCACAUAUUUCUUUUCCACGAGUUUUCGUAGUGAUCGGCUGCUGUGAAAUCUAAAGCAAAAUGGGUCGCGUUCGUACCAAAACCGUCAAGAAGGCCUCGAAGGUCAUCAUCGAGAAGUACUACACCCGGCUGACCAUGGACUUCCACACGAACAAACGCAUCGUCGAGGAGGUGGCCAUCAUUCCGACGAAGCCGCUGCGCAACAAGAUUGCCGGUUUCGUGACGCAUCUGAUGAAGCGUCUGCGCCACUCCCAGGUCCGCGGUAUCUCGAUCAAGCUGCAGGAGGAGGAGCGCGAACGUCGCGACAACUACGUGCCGGAGGUGUCCGCGCUGGAGCACGACAUCAUCGAGGUCGACCCGGAGACGAAGGAGAUGUUGAAGCAUCUGGACUUUAACAACAUCGUCGUCCAGGUCACGAACCCGUCCGCCCAGGGCUACAACAGCAGGCGAAACUAGGUUCGUCUUCGGUGGCGCGUUUUCCUCACUUUUUUUUGGAGUGAACGCGACGGAGCAAUGAACCUCUCGAGUGCGGAAGGGGGGGAGGCGUGCCGAGAGCUAUCGUUUAAUGUAAGAAGGGUCAGAAUGUGGAACGGUUCUUUAGAAGUGAAAGAAUAGAAACACGCUGAUAAGGAACGCUAAACUGU